AUGGCUGAAAGUUGUAAUUUUUCCAGCUCUGUCGAUGCUGUUCCUGGGCGCAAAAAACAAACAUUAUGUCAGCCAUGUUUAAGAAAGGAUUUACAAACAACGGCUGAUGUGUUUUGUUCAGAGUAUGACGAGUUUCAGUGCAAUGAAUGUUCAAAGGCACAUACAGUUUACGUUUUUAUGCAAAAUCACAAGUUAGGGAAUGCAUCAGAAAUGCAGUCGAAAACGGCUUCCUUUGAUAUGAAAGGAAUGGACAAUUGUGAACAGCAUGGAAAAAUAUUGGAAUUUUUCUGUGAAGACGAGAACCAGCUUUGCUGCAGUACAUGUGCUAUAAUGGAUCACCGGAAAUGCCAUAACGUCGUAGAAAUACAGAAGAUUGCCGGGAAGUUACGCUCUGCUGGUUCACAGUUAAAGAGAAAAUUGGAAGAAGUAAAAUCAAACGCGGAGAUGAUUGUUAAACACACUGAAUCAUCGAAAGAACAACUCAGUAAAGAUAUCAAAGCAAUAUUUGUGAAAAUUAAAAGAAUGAGAGGUGACAUGAAUAAAAUGUUCGACGACUUGGAAGUUUACGUUACUAGGGAAACUGAUGUAUUUCAGGCUGAAGUAACUAAUAAACUGGCAAAGAAACGCUCCAGUAGUGAGAAACAUAUGACUGAUGCUACAAAGUCACUGGAAAUUGUUGAUACAGCAUUGCAGAAAGGGGCGCCAUCUCAGCAGUUUAUAGUAGAAGAAACAUUGAAGAAACAGGUCAAUGAGCUUUGCAGAGACGUGGACAAUGAAUGCCAACAGUUACAGGUUGCUACCGUUUCCUUUAGAUUUGAUGAAACAUUAAAGUUCCCACCACUUUCUAUUUCUGCAUGUGUUCCAGGGAAGCUUACAUUAAAAUACACCCAGCCUGAAGCUAAGAAAUCUGUUGUACCUGUAGAUCCAAUUGUUAAAUUAACGAAGAUUACUUCCAUUGAUCUGAAGCAGACUGGAGAUGAUGUCAAGGAACCGUUAUACUCGGGACUGGAUUUCCUUCCGGAUGGCAGACUGGUUGCCGUGGAUAAUAACAACAAGAAAUGUUUGAUUUACAAUGAGAAGCUUAAGAAAGUAGGAUCAUAUCAGAUAUCGUAUCAUCCACAGAGUGUAGUUGCUGUAUCUGAGGAGGAAGUGGCGAUAACAAGUGGUGCUCAAUGCAAGAUAGACUUUCUACGUGUCAGUAAAUCAAACAAAAUAACUUUGAUCAGGACAUGUAAAGUUAAGUCAAAGUAUGAGUCUAUAUGUCUGAAAGAUGACAUACACUUUGUUAUUGGAACUUUAGAUUAUACAAGACCUGUUUGCAUUGUAUCAAUAUCAGGAGCGGAGAAAAAUUUUCCCGUGAGCUUUCCAAAUAAGAAAUAUCUUGUUGGCGAUAGUGUGUGCAGUUAUAUAAGGAAUACUGAGAAGAUAAUACUAACCGAUAUGCACGAGCAUACUGUUUUUAUAUACGAUGUUGCGACCAACACCAGAGUCGUUGUCAAGGACGACAAGAUCGAGGAACCACGUGGUGUAGCAAUAGGUCCAUCCGACUGUAUCCUGGUUUGCAUUAAAGGAAUACAUUCCAUUGUACAGAUCUCUCAAACAGGUCGGAUCAUAUCAUCGUUUAAGUUAGAUAUGGUUUUUCCAUUUAGGGUCUGCGUUUCGAAGGAUCAAUCUGUUCUUGUUGUUACAAAUAGCUGUGUGGGAAAAAGAAUGUUACAAUUGUUUAAACUCACAUAA